GUUUAGAGCGUCAGUGUAUCGCUGACUUCCGAAGAGAACGCGUCGGUUAGUCAUUCCCCGGGCAUUUUAAGGACUACGUAAUAUUCACGCUUAAUUGCCACUAUGUGUUAACACAUUGCGUACGCGUCACAACAUUCCUAGUGUGAGUGAGGUUUGAAUCAGCACUGUGUGGUAUUCAUUUGAAUAUUAAUAAGACCGUGCAUUCUCCGGAAAGGUACUCUCUGCUUCCGAUCCACUUCUGAAUGAGGCUCAUGGAACCCUUGGGUGUCGCCCAGGACGUGGUGGAGACGGGCGCAUUGAAAAGAUGGUCCGACUUCCCUGUCCAGCACAGAUUCACAGACUACACCAAUUCAAUUGGAGAACCAUCGCAUCACACCAUCAGCCCAUUUCCAUGCCAGCCGGCGCUCAACAACAAACUUACGCUAUGGACCGGAGACAUUUCCGUUUUGCAAGUGGACGCGGUGGUGAACUCGACCAACGAAACUAUGGAUGACAACAGUCCUAUGUGCCAAAGAAUAUUUGCUGGGGCUGGUUCACCGCUGAAGAUGGAAAUAUUUAACGAAGUAAAAGAGUGCAAAACUGGUGAAAUUCGAGUGACACAGGGGCACGGAUUGCCAGCUCGUUUUAUUAUCCACACUGUUGGACCAGUCUACAACGUGAAAUACCAGACAGCUGCCCAGAACACGUUACACUGUUGCUACAGAAACGUUCUGCAAAAAGCACGAGAGCUUGGGCUACGUACAAUAGCGCUGCCAGUAAUUAAUUCGGUGCGAAGAAAUUAUCCCCCUGAUGCCGGAGCGCAUAUCGCUCUAAGAACAAUAAGAAGAUUUCUGGAACAGUACGGCGACUCUAUAACGUGCAUCGUGUUCGUCCUGGAGCCGUGCGAUCUCGGUAUCUACGAAGUCCUUCUUCCACUCUAUUUCCCGAGAAAUUUAGCAGAGCAAGACAAUGCCUGUUGGCAGCUGCCGAGCGACAUUGGCGGUAUGGACGGAGAACCCCUGCUUCCUGACCGACAAAUCAGAAUCAUCGACAAUCCUCAACACGCUUUGCACGGCGACGAGAGCGUAGAAUUGUCUACGCAAUUAGAAACAUCUGUAAACAUCGGCGAACACGCGUUUGCACAGAUGCAGGGCGAUUUGGAUCGGCAGAGACUUCUGGGGGAAAGACCGCCUGCCGAUCCGCUCGCAGAUAUUAUGCUGAAGCAGAUGCAGCAAAAAGAAAGAUACGAAAGGCUCCUCAGAAGGGCGAAGACAGAGGAUCUGUCUGAAGUUUCCGGGAUCGGUUGCCUCUACCAAAGCGGCGUCGACCGUCAGGGCCGACCAGUCGUCGUUUUCGUUGGCAAAUGGUUCCCCGCCACUAAGAUCAAUCUAGACAAGGCGCUGCUGUACCUCAUACAGUUGCUGGACCCGAUUGUCAAAGGCGACUACGUUAUUGCUUAUUUCCAUACGUUAACGACUAACAGCAACUACCCCAGCUUACACUGGUUGCGGGAAGUUUACAACGUGCUUCCUUACAAAUAUAAGAAGAACCUGAAACAAUUCUAUAUUAUCCAUCCAACUUUCUGGACCAAGAUGAUGACGUGGUGGUUCACAACGUUCAUGGCCCCGGCAAUCAAGCAGAAAGUUCACAGUUUGCCGGGCGUGGAAUAUCUCUACGAAGUGAUGUCGCCGGAACAGCUAGAAAUCCCAGCGUAUAUCACAGAAUAUGACAUGACGAUAAACGGCAUGAGGUACUACCAGCCGGAUCCGAUCCCGUCGUCACCGUCUACGUCCACGUAACUCCCGACAAGACUUCAAAUCCCAUCUAGCGAAGGAUCACUGGACCGAACGAAGCCAGGCCGGCUGUCCCACGAGAUGAUAGCGCGAUUACACUCGCGCGUGUUCCUCGACUGAUCACCGUGCGCGCAGCUUCCGCAGUAUUUUCGCGUGCUGAGUACCUGGGACAUAUCCAGUCCCGCAACAAUCGAUAGAAGAACGAGCUGGCGCGCCGCUGUGCUGCACGGGCACGAUUCCCGUCGCGAUUCCCCGAAGCCGGCGGGAACCAUCUGGCCGCUUCGUCGAAGUGCCUCGUAACGGAAGAACACGAUGCGAAUCGUCGUCGAGAACGAUCGCCGGGAACGAUCGAGAAACGAAUCAUCCCCCCGGACACCAACCGCCUGGCGACGCCGUUAAAGGCCAAGGGUCUUCGUCGAGUAAUUUGGUCCUAUGUCGGUGCUGAACGAUCAAUUCCGUUUGUCCGGAUGAACAGACGGACAGACACGCGAAACGUAAACGUAUAACCGCACGCGAACGGCGAGGCAAACUGGAAAAGAUCGAUCGCGGAGGGAUAUUGUUAUUCGCUCGGAGGCGAAUAUCCGGCUGCCAAAACACCAAUAAUCAGUAUUGUCGUCGCGUCGUCGUCGUCGCGUUGUUGGCUGAUCGGAGGCGUCCGCGACACACCGUUCCCUGUUCUUGUAUAUAAGUACGAUGUUACGCCGCUCGUCCACGUGGACGACGAUUCGCCGACGGUCAAUGUAGCGCGGAGGAGUUAUCGACGACGGCGGCGACGAAACCGGGAUUAAACUGACGGCUUAACAUGCAAAACUGUCGAUCGCUUUUCUGUUAUUUUCUUAUCCAUCGUUAUACAGCGAAGAGCGGCGUCUAUAUUCGACUUAUUGUACAUCGUAUUUUAUUAUGUAACGUCGAUGACGAGCGCGCGGUGUUUUCGAUGAUGCGCCUCGUGAUCGACGGUGUGACCGAUCGGCUGAACGGAAGCGUUUACAGAGCUCUGGUUCCUUGCGUGGCGUUACGGCUUCGGUUGUUUAGCGACGAGCACAUUCGGUCGCGAUUCCGGGUGUCGAUGAUGAAUCAUUUGAACGAGCGCAUUCGAUCGUUGCUCGUACACGGUGGAGAGGAAUUAUUGUAUCUCUGUUGCACCCUGUACAACCCGCUCGAGGCUUCGAGUAACUGUCCGUCGUUGGGAUUAUUCGUUUUCGAGUUCCAGUCGAUUUUGUAUUUUUCAUGAAUUCCUUCGUUCUUCUCAGUGCCCGCUGUAUUUUCUAUAUGUUGGUCCGAUACGAUUGAGUAACGAGCAGUCUCGACUUCGAUUUUCAAUAAUAAAAUUCCCCGCUGUAACUUCCCCGAUUUAUAUAAACGAACUGCCAUCUUGUAUUGCGGGAGCCUGGCGAAUCCACUGGCUCCCGCGCUUUCUCUCUUCCACGCUUUUAACUGGUUGUUGAACGGAAAAAUGAAAUUGUUCGGACGUUGAAAGUUUUUAUAAUACAGUGAUGUUGAUGGAGACCAACGAGAAAAGGAUUUCCGAGUGAGUGCUGACGAAGCUUUCUCGGCUUUUCAUCGGUGAUUCGAUGUCAUAUCUGUCUCGAACUCAAUUUGUACCUUUUUCUUAAUGUAUUAAUUAUCACGAUCAGUUAAUAGUUUUGUUCAUUGUUCUAUGUUUAGUAAAGUGUCUUAUCAACGCCUUCCAAUAAUCAGCAUUGAUCAGCGCAUCUCUUUUUUCACACGCUAAAUAAUCGAAUCGUUGAAGGCAGAUAUUAAGCGCUGUCGACAGCAGCGAGCAGGAAACGAUAGCUCCCAAUCGAUUCAUCGUCGACACGGAAUAAUCAAUUUCUGAAAGGGUAAAAUGGAGCUGAUCGCCGAGGUCGUAAUCGUGGUUCAAUUCUAGAUUAGAAGAAGCAAUAAACUUAAGAGCUUUCUCGCGGCACAUAUACAUACACAUAUGUAUAUUUCGGGAGACAGAAUCGUUAUACUCGUUGUUAAGCAUUUUUAGCGUUCGAAGAGAAAAAAAAAAUGAGAAAGAAAGUUGAUAUAUAUACAUACGUGUUAACCGGCGUCGAUUAGCCCAUUUCUUUAAUUUUCGUCUCGCAUCGUUAUUCACCCCGUGAUUAUACCCCAUGUUUCAUCCGACGAUCGAUAAUGGCGGUUUCUAUCAUACGGCGAACCAAAAUCGAGUUGAUUUUUAACCCUUCGCGGUCCCGUAAACUAUUUAAUAUAUAGUUAUAUUGAAUAUUAAAGCAUUAAUGUACUGUAAGUAAUGAAAGAAAAAGAAGAAAAAAAUACACACACACACAUACACAUACACAUACACACACACAUAUAUAUAUAUAUAUAUAUAUAAAUAUACGAUGUAUAUUUUGUUCUGGAUAGUGGAUUCGAAGGACCCCAAAGGGUUAGAACGCAAGACAAUGGGUUAAUUGACUCCCUCGGUCGGAGAUAUGCGUGUAACCACGUGACUUUUGUGUGACCUUACUUCUGAAUAGUACGUGCUUGAUCGUCGAAAUACCUUUUUUUAUUACGUUUUUAUUGCUUUGGUAAUGCUACGUUAGAUAUUUGUAUUAUACGAUGACAGUACACUGUGAUUUGUUAAUGAAAAUGAAAAAAAUAAUAGGAGGAUAUAUGAUUGAGACUCUGAAAACCGAAUGAUUUUUUGUACUUUCCCCUGGGUUUCUGGCACCGAGUUGUUAUUCCGGUGCUGCGAACGACCUUGUGCGGUGAGAAAUGUUGAUUUCAAUUGAAUUAAGUGGAACUGUAAAGCAUGUACGACUACGUAAGAAUCGAUUUGAUUAGAUUCAAUCAGAUUAAUCGAGAACAUCGUUCGAUAAACAAAAAUGAAACGUACGCUUCGUGAGUGUGAGAAUGUCGCUACUUAAUACAUCGUUACAUUCUUGCCGCGGGAAAUGUAACAAAUAAUAUUACUCCAAUUUUUCAAUAGUCUACCGAAAACAAUGAAUUCUCUGUUAAUCGAAUUUCCGUCGAAUAAAAGACGAUCCUUCGUUGUUUUAGUCUAGCAUACUUUACAAUUCUACAACAGUUUCAUUAAAGUCAGAGUUUUCACACAUCAGAAGCUUUUCCUGUUAGUGAAAUUUAACCUUGGACAUCCGCACAGGGUUUCUGCCAAAUGAUCCAGUUUUAUUAAUGGAAGGAUCAAUCUCGCGAAACUUCAUCCUCGAAUUUCAUUGAACCAAUAUACGUGUGAAACGAGCGGCUUGACGACGAUCGACAGAUCCGCGUAUCAAUGCUAACUCGGUUUCGCGUGAAACUAUAUUUUACGUUUAACGACCUCACUGUCCGUCCCUGACAAUCGUUUAUAGUAAGUAGAAUCGUCGCGUAACGCGUCGUCCAAGCAUCCUCGUCAUCGUUGUCAUCCAUAUCUCGAAAACGAACCUGUGUUCUGUAGAAUCUACUCGUCUUAUAAAGAAGUUUGAUAACGUGAAAUGAAUAAGUGCAUUAGAGAUCCAAUAGGACGAACGUUGCGUGAGCCAUCUUAACUGUGUAAAAGAAAAAGAUUGAAAAUAUUGGAAACAUCUCGUUUUAAAAAAUAUUUCGCUAGUAUUUAUGUGUGACAGACAUAAGUUAACGUUACAUUGAGUUCUGUUACGAAAAAUCAGUCUCCAUUUCGUAGUACACUUACGAAUUUAUCGUUAAGCUAUAAAUUUAAUGGUUUAUACAAAUUUUUAUUUAAAAAACGAUUCGUUUUCAGUAUUAGAAUGUUUCAAAUUGUCUGAUUCGAUAAAUACUGUGGUGAUCUUUCUAUAAUUCUGGAAAAUUACAUCUCUAAGAGAAAGAUGCUCGCGUGACCGCCGUUACUGUCGGAGGAUUAUGUUCCUACAGAAUGCAGGACAGUAGAAAGCUUACCAAGAGUUCGCGCAGUUUGGGCGACAAGGCGUCGUCGUUGUAAGUAUCGUUGAAAGGACCUCUGUUACCUGGCGAGGGAGACGUUAGUUGUUGCGACGUGAGUGAUUAUCGAAGAGUCGAAGAUUGUGACAAUAUGUAAAGUGCGUGCUUAGGCGGGUGACGCCUGAGACUCUGACUCUGUCGGGUUUUAAAGUUCUGAGGUAGUCGAGUCGAGUGUUUCAACAAGUAUAUAAAAUUAUAAAUCAUCUAGUAGAAUGUUGGAUGAAAAUAAUUUAGGCUUUAUUUCAUUACUUUGCUUCGAAUGUAAACAACCUUUGUAAAGAAAGGAAAACAGGGUUGGAUUUGAAGAAUUUGAAAAUCGUGUAGAAGGCUGAUACAGGGGAAUUUAAUAAAUAUAAUAAAGGAUUAAUUCUAAAUUGCAUUCGCAAGAAACAACAUGGAGAAUAUAACUACGAUUAAAGUUCCUAAAUUUAUAUUCGAUUCAUCAGUCGUCAUCUUCAUAGGUAGCAUCUUUUUAUCUUCUCACAGAGAACAAGAGGAAAGAACGUAUCGAAGGAAAAAUGAUAAAGUGGGUAGUCGCUUUAAUCAGAAAUAUAUGUGAUGAAGUUAUCCUUACGAUUUAACGCUCACGUUGAAAGUUUCAAAAACUACGAACGUGCAAAUAAAAGGUUUAAUAAAGACUCAAACGAAUGUCAUCAAUAUUAAAUUAACGUCCAUGAAAUUUACAAUACCAGGGAAAACUGAAUGUAACUAGAUGAAAAAUUAUAAUGACUACAUAAAGGCUCUAUUAGACGAGCUAAUUAGUCAUGUCCCUCAAGAGGCUACUGCUUGUUUUUUUGGGCUCACAGUUUUUACGCACCGAAGUGCAUAAUUCCAAUGGACAAACAAAGAAGAUCUAUUUAUCGACUACGCAGAAACUUUAAAGCGGACAGUCAAAGGUUAGCUUCAUGCUUAGAAGAAAUAAUCUAUCGCUUCGGUAAAUAAGUCGAGCGCUAUUCAGUUCCCGGCUUGUAGGGAAACGAAAAUGGCGUGUAACCGAAGCAGAGGAGCUUGUUAAUCCGUGUGGCGGUAGUUUCGAUCGGUGCCGUCUAACUUUAGGGAAUCACGUUUAAUUUCCGAACUUUUCUCGUCGCGACACGACCCCGGGAAAACCUCACACUUCGUUUGUGAAGAUCGUAGCUUCCGUUUUGAUUUGAAAUUUCCAAGAAAAAUGUCGAACGACACAAAUGGUAAAAUGGUAAGUUCGUUCUAUGCACAAGAGUACCAUUCUUUUUUCACAUAGAACUACGUUCCGGGUCGUUGUUCACUAAUUAAAAAGCAUCUUGUACGUGUAUCGAAUUCUAAAUUCCGUUGAAUUGUACGAAAACAUAUAUUAUAUAUGUAUAUAUAUUAUAUAUCAACUGAUAAAUUGUUCAGUACAAAAUUAUUUAAAUUGUAUCGCGGUGAGGAAUUGUUAGAGAAGUUUUUGAGACAAAGAGAAGUUUUAUUAAACGAACGAUUGUAAAAAUUAAUUGGCGAAGGACAUAUACUCUCCUUCGCCGAAAUUCAAAAUGGAGGAAGUGAACUUCGCGGGCUGACUCGCGUCGUUCUAUUUGUAAUGCCGAAUGUGAAACGCGAAGUAUUCGGGAGAGCUAUUGAAAAUGAAUUUUAUAUGGAGACUAAUAUAUUAUCGAUUAAAACGAGAUAAUAGAUAUAUUGAAAUGAUUAAACGUGAAUCAGUGAAUAUUUAUGCUACCGAAGGAUGGAAGAUCUCUUAAGACGGCGAGAACUAUUGUUACUCGGUUAAGUGCGGUGUUCUCACAAUUGUCAUGCAAGUUUUGUUCAUUCUUCCUUCGAGAAUCAUUGGAGAAUAUAAUGGUCAUUGAAUUUGUUUAUUUUUAUAAUACACGAAUGAAAGUUUUAUAAGCGAGAAAUGUUGACGCGACUGCGGACGAGACCGGAAGUUUCGGAAACUACACGUGCAUUAUGUGUAUAUACGUAUGUAUAAUGAUGUACCGGUUAACUAUUGUAAUCGUUGUCGCGAUGGUAUAGAUUCUAUUAACUAACAUUUUGUUCUCGGUGCUGAUGCACGGCCUCUGACGGGUGCAUACCUCGCCCCCUCAUCGGUUCUCUUCUGUUCAUUUUUUAUAUAGAUCAAGCAAUAAACGUAUUGGUUCAACAA